CUCGAUAUUCGUCAAUUACUAGAGGUCGCGGAACAGCGAAACCCGGCAGCCAUGGCAAGCCUUAUUCGACGUUCUGCGAGAAUUCCAUCGUUAAUUGGCCAAUGUUGCCGAGUUUCUACUCUUCAGAAUCAACAGAAGAGGGGAUAUGCUGAUGCCUCCAGCUUAACAUUCACAAUGGCUUCCCCAAAUAAGGUGUUUUUCAAAGAUGAGGCUGUAAGACAAGUUAACGUUCCCACAACAAAUGGAGUGUUUGGUAUUCUACCUCAACACGUACCAACGCUCGCUGUCUUACAACCAGGUGUUGUUACGGUGGUUGUUAAUGACUCAGACACUAGGAACAUAUUUGCCAGCAGUGGUUCUCUGACUGUGAACCCUGACGGAUCUGUCCAUGUCUUAGCGGAGGAGGCUUGUGAACUCUCAGACCUGGACCCCUCAGAGGCCCGUGACGCAAUGCACAAGGCCCAAACUGCCAGAGAUGCAGCAGUGGAGGCAGUAGAUAAGGCUGAGUUUCAGAUCGAGGUCGAUGCUUACGAGGCCAUCCUAAAGUCAGCAGAGUCUAAGAGUUGAAUUGUUAAUUAAUUAGUGACUGACAUUUAAAAGUUUGUACAAAACGAUUUACAAGAAGUAUAGUUUGUGAUCAUUUCAGUGAUAUUUAAAUAAAUCACAUUUAUUACA